AUGGAAGAUGUAUAUUUAGAAAUCAUCAAAAAAGUGCCUAUAGGUUGUAAUACUUUACCAUCACUAAAUGUUAUGAUAUUAGAAUCUGGUGAUCCAUCCAACUGCAAUGAUAAUGUUCAUGCAGCAUGUAAAAUAUACCGUGAUGAUUUACUUCAUGAUUUACCUUAUG